CCUUUAGUCAUAGUUAUCGACUGUGGUCUUCGCAGCGGCCUUCUGAAGCAUGAGCCACAAUGAUUGCUCUCUCUGUUCUUGAGGGCGAGAGAUUGAGAUCGAUCUCAAACCUUUAUUAGUUUUUCUUUGCGUCGAUUGCUGUAAAGCUCCACUGCCAUCAUUUCCGGCAUUGAGAAGGAAAGCUGGCCGCUUUUCGCGGAGCAGAAAAAAGGGUGUUUUGGCCCCCUUCGCCGUUGCCCUCAUUGGCCCCUGUACUGUUGAAAUCCAGUACAUACUCUACGAAUUCAAAAAGGUAUUCCAGAAAAUAAAAAUUAGCAGUUAAAUCUCCCCCCGCGAUCGAAGGGCGCUCUCGCUUCUCAUGGCAGAAGAGGAGCAAAAGGAGGAAAACCCUUGCCCUCCCAUCAUAACCCCAAAGGAAAGCGACGGGGAGAAAGAAUACUCGCUCUCUUCUCGAGUGAUUUCUUUGCUUUGGGGAGAUUUAACUGGAUCUGCACAGGCGUUCGAGAGAUGGGUGGCUCUGGUGCGUAAUCGCAGCGGUAAGUUCCGGCCAUCUGGUUUUCCCCACCGGCAUUCAAAGUUUGAAGCAACGCCCGGUGGGAGAUUCUCGUUCGACCAUGACCAGAGUACCAAGACACCACACAUGCGAGAAUUGAGUCACAACUUAGUUAAUGCAGAAACAUGUGUCCAAUCACCAGAAAUGAGUUUGUGGGAAAGGCUAGGAAAUGCUUCAAAUUUGGACAUUGAAUCCAAUGACUUCUCUUGGGAUGCUCUUUCAUCUCUGCAUCAUACAGAACAUACCAGUAGUAGUGAACAUUCUGAGGAUGAAAUGAACAAAGCUAUGGAGGUGACUGUCAAUUCAGGAGGUGUUGUUUUCUUUGCCUUAUUCAACAGAACUGCCGAUUCAUCCUUAAAUGAAGCAGCGGCCGUAAUUAAGAUUGCAUCCUCAAGGCUGGCCACACAGUCAGAGCGCUUAGGUUAUGAAUUUGCAAAAUGGAUUGGUGUCGGUACGCCUCAGGCAAGAGUGAUACAUAAUUCCAGUCCCGAGUGGCAUCAGAUUAAGGUCGCUACAGAAAAUGCACGUGAUGCAGCAGUUGCAGCUGGAGAUGAAGUUGGUGAGCUAACUUGUUCAGAAUUGUUGGAAGCUCUCGAAUUAAGUCGAUGCCUCUUCCUAAUGAAUUAUGUGCAUGGAUCACCACUUCUCGAGAGCUCAAAUGUAUUUCAAAUGCGGGAAGCCGCUCUAAAAGCAGCAGGAGCACUAGGCAGAGUUUUGAUGUUAGACCUCGUACUUAGAAAUGAGGAUCGACUCCCCUCUCGUCAGCUGGGGUGGCGCGGCAACUAUGCAAAUCUGUUAAUUGCAGAUAAGGUGACAUCUGAAAGCAUUGAUGCAUUUUACGAAGACGUUUUUUGUGCUAGUAGUUAUGCCCCACAGGUAACAAGGUUUCUACAGAGAGAGAGAAGAUCAAACUCAACUAGUGGAAUAUCUGAGCCUCCGUGUCAGAGCUUGGAUGAAGUUAAUGAGGUUGGGGAAAGAUCAUUGAAGAAGGAAAUUGUAAACGAUGACAGGAAGAGUGAGUUCCAUGUUGUGGCCAUUGAUUCUGGUGUCCCUCGACGACCUCCUGCAGGCAAACGAGCUAAAGAUCAGGAACGAUACCCAAAGCUCGUCGAAUUGUUACUUAACAGUUUUGAGUACUCGUCUAGCCUGUUAUAUGAGCUAUCGGGAGGUAGAUUGGGACAUCCUGGACCAGACGAGGGAGGUUCACAAAAUGACUCAUGCUCUUCCCUUGAUGAUAGAGACACAGAAGCAGCUGUUCAUGAGUUCCGAGGAGGAUUUCGUGCGGCUCUCAGGGAUCUUCAGAGCAUCCAUGUAUUCCUCCUUACUCUCUACCAGAAAUUGGAUGGCCUAUUGCGCGUUUACCUCUCGAUAAUUAGUAAAAGCUCUGGAGAAUCUGAAAGAGAUGAGACAGGGACAUUAGACUCCCCAUCUCACUUGAGUGGAUUUGCUUUAGGUACGCCCUCGCCCGCAAUCAAGCAUCAGAUUGUAAAUGAUGUGGAAUUAAAUGACCCUUUGAUGCAAAAAUCAACUCCAAAAUCUUCGCCCCCUGGAUCACGAGGAAGUCCUGAAUCUGCUUCUCCAAUCUCAAGGGACUGGAAUGGAAGAAACUUCAAAGGAAGUGAGGAGUCUCGUGGCCUUCGGUUGACAAUGAAGCUUCGCGACUUUCACAAAUUGGGAAAGGUAGAUGCUGAGCUCAACAAAGAGAUAGACCAGUGGAAUGGACUGCUUCGCACCGAUGUGGUUAAGUUUUGCCAGGAAAAGAAUUUUAAUACGGGAUUCUUCGAAGGCAACGAUAAUAACAUUGUUGUUGAUGCAUAUGAGCUGAAGGUAAGACUUGAACAUAUACUUGAAAGGAUAGCUCUGAUAUCUGAUGCAGCAAGUACUGAGAGGCCGUCGCUUGUUACUAGUAACCUGUUUGUUGGUGGUGCUCUUGCUGCAAGGUCCAAAUACACCCUUCAGCACUUGGGCAUUACUCAUAUUCUCUGUUUGUGUUCGAAUGAGAUUGGGCAAUCAGAUUCUCAAUAUCCUGACCUUUUUCAGUACAAGAACUUCUCCAUAAGUGAUGAAGAGGACACAGAUAUCAGUAAUAUCUUCGAGGAAGCUUCGGAUUACAUUGAUUAUGUUGAACGAUCUGGAGGAAAAGUUUUAGUUCACUGUUUUGAAGGAAAAAGUCGCAGUGCAACCGUCGUGCUCAGUUACUUGAUGCUAAGAAAGGGUUACACUCUUUCAGAAGCUUGGAGCAAACUGAAGAGGGUUCAUAAACGAGCCCAACCGAAUGAUGGAUUUGCAAAAAUCCUGCUAGAUCUUGAUAGAAGGAUACACGGCAAAAUAUCUAUGAAUUGGCAGCACAAGAGGCCGGUGAUGAAGGUGUGCCCCAUCUGUGGAAAGAAUGCUGGGUUGAGCACAAGCUCACUCAAGCUUCACCUCCAGAAGAUCCACCGAAGCAUCUCCACAGGGAGCGUUGAUAGUGCAGUGAUGAUUGAGAUACAGAAGGCCGUUGAGGCACUCAAGAUUAGCCGCGGGAACAACAUUAGCCCGAACAGGAAGCAGUUCACAGAUAGACUUUAGCAUGAUCUAGAGCUUGAGCUUGUCAUGCUCACAUCUAUUCUUUGUUCUUUCAAAUCAUCCCAGUGGUUGUAGUAGUUUGGAUGAUGAUAAAUGGUGAUAUUUAACAUGAUUUUUGGAAGAUGUUUA